AUGGAAGAUAGGCUGGGGCAUGCUAAGGCUUUAAUAUUAUCGGUAUUAGUGUGUGUGGAGUUGAUUGGUCUGGCGCUGAUUGACUUUCGUAAUAAGGAGCUAUGUAACCGGCUUAAUGAACUAGACAAAUCCCAUGGUCUUGCGACAAUAGAGCCUUUGGCAGUAGGCCGGUUAGAUACUAAUUUGAACACGAUCGAUAGUCCUGUUAAAGUAGAAUCUAACGCGUCCUCUUUGGUUUGGGUGUCUCUUAAGAGAGAUCAGUUCGGGAAGGCUAUGGCAACUAAGGUCAGCGAAAGACUAAAGCUAGAGUUGGCUGUGGACCAACUAGGUUUAAAACGGCCUGGAGUGAUAAUUAAGUGGAGUGAUGCUUUGGAGACUACAUCCCCAGCCCAAGACGAACAGAGGGAUCUUUGCCGAAAAGCCCGAGUGUGUACUGCGAGGCCAUUUCUGUUGCUGGUAGACUCGCCGCUCUGUUUACCAGCACGGGAGGAUCAAGAAGGACUAAAUUACACCCAGGAGUUAGUUGUAUGGAUGCUUGACAAGAGUCGCAAGUAUUUCCUAGAGAUAUACUGGCUAGUUUCGGCUGGUCUUAGGAUGUGUUCAAAUGAUCAACUGAAUGCCAGGCACCUCUUGGCCAUAGCUCACACUAAUACUCAAGUGGUCAGCUUGGUAGUUCUAGACGAGCGAGUAAAGACAAUUAGCUUAACCAUACCUGGAUGGGGUGAAAGUAAUUCGGCUGGUGUAUAUGCAUUACAGCGAUUGGUGCUGUAUGCACCACAGGCCCGAAUAGAACAGGUUUGUGUGUUUGGGGUUAUCUUCGUUUAUGCUCUCGAUGUUCGUGUUGGUCACUGGAAGGAGUCAUUGCAGGAACUCUUCAUAACGCCUCGAUUGACCUUGGGACUACAAAGAAUUAGGUUAGAAAUUGGGUUAGAAGUCGACAAGAGUGAAGUGUAUGUAGACUGUGUUGGAUACUUAAGUAUAAAUGUAGAGCUGGAGUGGCUGAUAGCCAAGAGAAUUGAAAUAUCUGAAAGUAAGAAUGUCGCCAAUCCUCCACUAACUCAUCUCAAAAUCAAAUCAGCUUGUCCAUUAAUAGCACACUUAGGACGAAUCGUUGGAUUUAACUGGAAGAAACUUAGUGACCAGCAGGUAUGGCUUGGCUCGAGUAAUUGUACUGAAGUGUUUAGUGUGAAUAUGCGGGAGUGGGCGGAGGCGAAUAGAGAUUUUGAAAAGGAGCACGUGGUGUAUGCUAGAGAUUGGCUUAAGAAUCGCUUUGAGUUGCUGCUUUACUAUGGCAAUACAAUUGCUAGAAAGCUAGACAGACUGGACAGACUGGACAGGCCGGAGAAGACAAUUGCUUCUUUGCCAGAAGAAAGCAUCGAUAGUAGUUCAGCACUAGCUAUUAGUCUAGAUCCAACCACUGAAGUUAUUCUGUGUAAACUAGUAUUGGCAAUGAUCUCUGAAACGUUAUCUUUCAAUGCAAAAGCACUUGCGAAAGCUCAAUCUUGCCUUACUAUUCCGAGCCCACUCUUAAACUCUACUGGUGUACCCGGGUGUGGCGAGUUACAUCUCACUGGAUUAUUGAACUGUAUGCUUCAUGAAGUGAGGACAAUGAAACAAAGCUCAACCCAACGCAUCGAAGCUUUGCAGUCCAUAAACAUAAUUGUGAAUGCAGUUCAACUAGCUCAGAGCCUUCUCUCCUAUUUAGGCAGGCUUGCUGAGAAUAAUGCCAAUAGACUGGACUGUAAUGCCAUGGUACGUGAAUAUCAGCAUAUACUUGUGGAACUAGCUAGUAAUGGAGAAACAGUCUGCUUUUGA